AUGUCCAAUCGCCUGAACAACUUGCUGACCCACAUCGCGACGAAGGAGUCGGAUGGCGAAGAGAUGCACCACAUCAAGCAGCGCCUGGCCCUCGCGACGCUGGCCACGCAGUUCAACAUGGGAAUGGACCGCCUGAAGAUGAUGACUAUGUAUAUGAUCCACGAGAUGAUCGAGGGUCUUGAGGGCCGCCCGAGCACGAUUCGCAUGUUGCCGUCCUUCGUGUACAAGUCUGACGCCUCGAACGCAGCUGGCGUAUUUUACGCACUCGAUCUCGGCGGCACGAACUUCCGAGUGCUCCGUGUGUGUGUGGAGGGCGGUAAGGUGGUUCAGCGCGUGGACUCCAAGUACGUGAUUCCCACCUCUGCGCUCACGGGGACGGCCGACGACCUCUUUGGCUUCAUCGCGAAAAGCGUGAAGACGAUGAUGUCCGAGAAGGCGCCUGAGGACCUCCAGAAGGCGUUGCCCAUGGGCUUCACUUUCAGCUUCCCUUGUGAGCUCAAGAGCAUCGACUCCGGUGUGCUCAUCAAGUGGACCAAGGGCUUCUCCACGGAGGGUGUGGUGGGGAAGGACGUCGCGCAGCUGCUGCGAGGCGCGUUCAGGAAGCUGGGCGUCCAAAUGAACGUGGUGGCGGUCUGCAAUGACACCGUCGGCACUCUUAUCGCGCGCUAUUUCUCCGAUGAGAACGCGCAGGUUGGCGUGAUCGUCGGCACAGGGUCCAACGCGUGCUACUUCGAGCGCAGCGCGGCCGUCACCAAGGAUCCCGCCGUGGCCGCUCAUGGCGACCGCAUGACGGCCAUUAACAUGGAGUGCGGCAACUUCGACUCCAAGUACAGGUACGUUCUGCCCAUCACCAAAUACGACGAGCUGGUCGACGAAAGGUCGCUCAACCCGGACAACCAGCUUCAGGAGAAGAUCGUUUCCGGCAUGUACCUUGGCGAGAUCGCGCGCUACAUGAUAGUGCAGUUGUCUGAGAUCGGAUGCCUGUCCCCCAGCCUGGCCAGUGCGAUGUCCAAGCCGAUGUCCUUCGAGACCAAGUACAUGGGCAUGAUCACGGGUGACCAGGGACCCGGUCUUCAGUUCACGCGCAGGCUGAUCAAGAAGGUGACGGGUGUGGAUCUCACCGACCUGUCGGAUCUAAGGACGAUUCGCGAGGUCUGCCGCCUCGUGCGUAACCGAUCUGCCCAGCAGGCGGCCAUGCUCACCAGCGCCCCACUGCUCAAGACACACAUGCAGGGCCUCGCGACGGUUGCGGUGGACGGCUCUGUCUAUGAGAAGAUGCCAUCCUUCCAGCGGCUGUAUCAGGACAACGUGAACGCCAUCCUGGGCAAGGAAUCCAAGGCGACGCUGGUGCUGCAGAAGGACGGCAGCGGUCUGGGUGCGACGAUGAUUGCCGCCCUCACUGUCUCCAUGAAGUAG